AUGCUCUUUCUACCUCCAAAUACAACAUCUCUCCUUCAACCAAUGGAUCAAGGAGUAAUAGCAGCCUUCAAAGCCUAUUAUUUGAGACGUACAUUUAAGAAACUUAUUGCAGGUACUGAGGAAGGAGAUGAUAAGGCCAGUGUUCUUCAGUUUUGGGAAAGUUUCAACAUCAAGCAUGCAAUUGACAUCAUUGUGGAGGCCUGGGGUGAUGUAAGUAAGGACUGCUUGAAUGGAGUUUGGCGGAAGCUUCUCCCAGAAUUCAUUCAUGAUUUUAAAGGCUUUGAUGCAUCAGAGGAGCUCCCAAAAAUAAAAGAAAAUUGCGUUUCUCUUGCAAAGCAAGUUGGCUUUGCUGAAGUGGAAAGUGCUGGUGUUGAGGAACUGAUCAAGUCCCACUGUGAAGACCUCUCUACAGCUGAUCUACAACAACUUGUUGCUGCUGGGGAAACUGAAGAUGCCAAAGAUGAUGAAGGCCAGGAUGCAGAACCACGAGAGCUUCCUACUUCUCUUUUGUCUUCUAUCCUGAGGGAAGUUGAUACGCAGUUGCAGCUCUUGGAAGACAAUGGCUACAAUGCAGAAUGGAGCAGGAUUGUAGUUCGUGGUGUUAAAUCUUUUUUGGCACCUUAUGAACAGCUUGUGUGUGAAAGACGGCAAAGCAGCAAACAUUAG